AGUAACUGCCCAGCACUUCUGUCCGGGACGUACGAGUUCAAGACACGCAACUCAUCUACGAUCCUCAAUCUCGCAGUCCGCUCGCGCCGCCGUAACACAGCAGAUGAGACUGCCUGUUGUGGCUUCCAAAGCUAUAGGGCACCUCGCCUUAUCGCUUCUUCUUCUCAACCUCCAACAUGGAAGCCAGGCUGAAGAACCAGACUGCAAGAUGUUAGUGGUCAAAGCGAAUUCAGUGAUAAGUCUCAAACGCCCUUUCACUUGCGGACAGUGCUGGCCUUCGGGAUCUAGGGACCAGCAGGACCCAGAAGAAACGGAUGAAGAUUAUUGCGCGGAAGCCUGUGAUGAGCGCAUUGCUGACUUUAUCUACGACACGGCAAAGUAUCGUUGCGACCCAUGCAUGCAUAUCAGAAUGUCCAGCAAUUUGUCGGAGUGGGAUGUGCUCUUUCGAGUCCCACAUUCAAGGGUAGAUAAGAUCAAAAACGUCGCGACAUGCCGAUGCUCAGUCACAAUGGUAGUUCAGCGUUUCUUGAGGACGCCCCCUGCCGAGUCUCUUCAUCCGGCGUCUCCUAUCGCACCAUUGCAUUGCUCCGACACUUGGGUACGAUACCGAAUGGUAACAGCGCCAUUGAGACUGAUGAAGGAGUCGUGGUACCCAGCAUUGAGGAAGACAAGCAAGACAAGCAACAGUCACAGUGCGAGCCGCCAAGACGGAAGAUGGGUGCACAACCUUGACCUAAGGGUGCUUGCGCAUGGCGUUGCUGAUGUUGAUUGCAAUGCGGGAAUGCAAGACUUGCAUAAUGAAGAGGACGUAUCCGACUACAUUUCCCCGAAAAAGACGCUUGACGUCCACAGUAAUUGCACCAUCAAGUACGCUGGCCGCGGCAAUCCGCUUUGGGGCAAUCUCGGACUGCGCUGUGAUACUAACGCAUGGGUGGGGAUCAGAAAGCGACUUGAAUCGCUUUAUCAGGCCGACAAGGAUGGCAAAACACACCUGGAGGACGUGAUAAAGAAACACAAAUACCUCAGGGAUUUCUGCGUGAGCCAAGGAUACUACGCCGCAUUGAAACCACUGAUGGCUGCCAUGGAGGACGAUCAGCUGCUUCAGCCAGCUUAUUGGGGAUAUGGAAAUUUGUAGCGAGACUAGUCGAGUAGAAGCUGCU